AAAGAGGCGCACACCUAAACGCGGGCCAUCAUUGGUUUAGCGAAACACAAGUUCGCUCGCAAACCUCUCGCAACGGAUGACCAAACAAAGUGUCUCGGCAGUAGCGGAAUGGCACGCAGGACUUUUUGUCCUCUUUCUGUUCCUCAGAUCUGAACGCUAAUAACAAAACAGUGUGACUGGACUAGACAGAACAGACAGAUGUGGAUCCCAUCCAUGACCACUCCCACACACAAACACAGGCGCGCACACACACACACACACACACACACACACAGAGAGAAGGGCCCGAUCUCUCACUUCUCCGGAUGAGUGGUCAGAAGGAGGCUCCUGGGGAGAACUGCUCUCAAAUUGAAUUCAGUAGAGGGUUCUUUAAAGUGGAGACCCAUGUGGAACACAUUCACAGAAUGUGUGUGUGUGUGUGUGUCAGUACAUGUACAUAUAAGCGCUUCAGCCUUCCGGAGGCAGAUCCUGUUCAUGAGUCGAAGCAGAACUACACGCCGCAUAGCUCUUCGCAGGUUAAGAGAGAAAAGUGACACACCAUGAAGGCAUUCUAUCUGCUGAUGCCCUUCCUCCUCAUUGGGCUAAGCGGCAGAACUCUGGCCAGUGAAUGUCCCCAAUACUGCUCCUGCUCUACUCCGGAAACCAUCUUCUGCUUUCAGCGUCGCUCCCCCAAAAUCCCCCAAGGUGUCCCGGCACUAACCAAGAACUUUUACCUCUUUAACAAUGGCAUUGAGGCCCUCUCAGAAGAGGACUUUGUCGGGAUGGAGAGCCUCGAGAUGCUGGAUCUGAGUCAAAACAAACUGGCGGAAUUGCCGGACCGGGUGUUUGAGCCUUUGACUUCACUAAGGAACUUGGACCUCUCGGCCAACCAGAUCACCCACCUUUCAGAGGAGAGCUUCGCCGGCAUGGCCCUGCUGGAGAGGCUGUACCUCUACAGCAACCACAUCCGGACAAUCCACCCAGCCGCUUUCCAGGGCCUGGAGCAGCUGCUGGAGCUCAAGCUCCAGGGCAACCAGCUCACCACACUCCCUGCCCUAGCCAUGCCCAGGCUGUUGCUCCUGGACCUCCGCUUCAACUCUAUUUCAUCCCCGGGGACAAAAGACCUCCAAACUCCCAAUCUGGAGUCUCUGAAGCUGGCUGGUCUAGGCCUUGAGAGCCUGGAUGAGGAGCUGAUGGCAAGUCUAGGGAACCUCCAUGAACUGGACAUCUCUGGCAACCAGCUGACCUCCUUCCCUGCAGCGCUAAGGCAGGCACGAGGCCUGAUCUACCUAAGCUUGGCUGCAAACCCCAUGGGGCCACUGUCACUAGAUGACCUGUGGAACCUGGGUGAACUCCAGGAGCUGGACAUUAGCAACCUGAGUUUACAAGGCUUGCCUGAAGGGUUCGCCCAGCUCUUACCCCACCUGAAAAGGCUGACUGUGGCUGAGAACCCCUUCAACUGCUUGUGCACCCUGGCCUGGUUCCCCGGGUGGCUCAGGAACCAGGGAGUUACGCUGGGCAGGACGGAGGAGACUCGCUGUCACUUCCCUCCACUUAACGCUGGGAAGGUGCUGGAGAGGCUGGAGCACAGGGAGUUUGGCUGCCCCACAACCACUACUGUCACCGCCAGCACAAUCAGAACCACCACCACCACGCCACCUCCGGUCACCACACUGCCCAGCACCACCCCUGCCAUCCCAGCAGCUGGGCCCAGUGAAGAGGACACAUCAGUCGGGACCGACAGUCAACCCCUGCCCCCUGUUCCUGCCUCCCCCAGUAGCAGCAGCCAAAACCCAGAGGUUGACUACUUAUGCCCAUCCCAGACCUGCUUGAAUGGGGGAACCUGUCGUAUAGACAGGCAGGGCCAACUCGAGUGCACCUGUCCCCGUGGCUUCUCCGGAAGCUACUGCGAGAACCGCCACCAGCCCUACCUCCCUCCCAACGAGGACAACAAUGACAUUCCCGCCGCCACCAUCACCCCCGAUGUACCCGACAUCAGCUCACGCAAGGUGACCAGCACCUCCAUCCUGCUGGACCUGCACCUCUACAUCGAGGCUCGACCCUACAUCCGCGGAAUCCGUCUAACCUACCGUAACCUGUCCGGGCCAGACCUGCGUCCCAUGCACCUCAGCGUGCCCGAGUCCUACCCAGAGUACACCCUGAGGGGGCUAAGGCCAAACUCCACCUACACAGUGUGCGCUAGUCCUCUGAAUGACCCCAACGGGAGGGACAGCGUCUGCACAAAGGCUCACACGGCUGCCCAGCAGCUCACUGUCACCGGGAAGCAGGUGGAGGACAAGAGGCUCACCACCAUGCUGGUGCCGGCCCUGGCAAUCCUGCUGCUCCUAGUCCUCGUGGCGGCUGCCGUGGGGGUGGUGUGCUACCUAAAGAGGAAACGGGCCAAGGGUCACCUGGAUUUGGACAGCGACCCGUCCCAGUUGGAGUUAGAGGGAGUCAAAGCAGGUUUGGACAACGGAGGGGCGCUGCCACAAAAGCAGCCGGAGCCGGCUGUGGUUCAAAAUGGGGGACUGGAGUAUGAAGUGCUGCUGAUACAGGAUCACAUGCAGGAUCACUGCACGCCGAACAACAACACGACACUCUCUCACAAGCCCUCUUAUUUCUGACAUCCAUCUCCCAGAGGGAAAGACAAUGUUCCUCUAGCUACGUCUUUCACAAACUAGGCACCAAAUAAAGUUGCCUGGGACAGCGGAGAGGACAGUUGACCGGCCAGCCACGUGUCAGCAAUUGCAGAACCAAACAUUUAACCUACCAUGCUGCGCAAUGUCCGUGCAGACAUUAAAACAUUUCAAAGGAUUGUUCUGAACAUAAGGGAACCUUUUAAAAAAGUGCCUUUUUUUAUUUACACCCCCUGCUUUGUUUCUGUAAUAUUUCUGCUAUUACAUUGCUGGACCUGACAGACAAGGUUCUUUACUGAGCAUGCUUGCCCUUCAGAGCAAGUCAAAGGUUAAAUGAGGCCAGGCGUAGAGGCAUAAUUGGUUGAA